CUCUGAGACGCUCACGUGUCCUCCUACUUGUAGGGGCGACUCAUGAGCGACAGAGUCCUGUUUCAAAGAACUUUCAUCGUCGAUAUACUCGCAUAUCUUGACAUAUAUCGCACGAUCCUACGACCUGCUGUUUAAAUCUUCUAAAUAAAUCUGAAAUACUUUCCUGUAAAAAGAAGUAACCGUCAAAAUUUUCCGGACAUCGACUUUUUUAUUUUAUAAUAUGUUAUAUAAUUUUUAUUUGCAUAGUAGUGGAAUCUUUCAGUUGUCGCUCAACUUGAAAACAUUAUUAAACCUUAUAUAUAUAUUUCUUUUUCAUUUUUUUACUAAUUACUAUUUAUUAAUUCUUAAAAUUAGAGCUUAAUGCAUUUUACAAAAUAUCAGACAAUGAAAAAGUGACAAAGUAGUUACGAUAAUCACGGGAAAUAUUAUUCUAUACGCUUGACGGAUACGCGAAUGCGGGUUUAGAGUAAAGUCACUUUGUUUGCUUAUACACGUUUAUGCAUACAUAACAAUCCCGUAAGGAGAAAGUGAAAAGUUAAACAUCCUUCCAGGACUGAGUUGAGUCGCUUUCUAUUGUUUUGCAUAGCAUUCAUUGUCGUUGGUUUAACUAGUCAUAAAAUUUACAUUUACAUUUUUCAUCGCUUGAAUUACUUGAAGAAUGGUGAAUACUUGCAAGCUAGGGUGACUAAUGUGGACUUCAAAUAUUAACGGGAGGCAUCGACAGCGAAAGUAUUUCUGAGCCCAGCACCGUUUACUACGAGGCAAACAUUGGAACGAAGAUGUAGAAGCGCCGGGCAAAAGUGGACUAUUAGAGGAAAAAAUGGACGCCCUAAGUGCCAACGGCAACAACACUCAAGUAUUCUGCGAUAUUCAGUACAAACAUUUUGUAGCACCGCACGGAGAACUCUGGUGCAAUCCGGUAUGGGACUCGUUGCUCUGUUGGCCGCCGACGAAAGCCUCCACGACGGCGAAGCAGCGAUGCCCUUUCGUGGAUGGAUUCGAUACAACCAAAUCCGUGGAGAAGAAAUGCGGUUACAAUGGGCAUUGGGAAACGCAGAAUGGGACGAGAACGAGCGAGGACUCGCUUACUGGUUGGGCCAACUAUACCACUUGUUUAACACCAGAGAUGCUUUGGCUCCACUACAGAGUGUACAAUAAUAAUCUCGAAGGCGAGAUGAAAAUGGAAAUUGCCGAGAGAACCCGCAUUCUCGAAUUUGUCGGCCUCAGCAUCUCCUUGGUGGCACUGGUCGCUUCCUUGGUGAUUUUCUGUCGAUUUAGGUCGUUGCGGAACACGAGAACCAGGAUUCACAAGAAUCUCUUCGUCGCCAUGGUCAUCCAAGUGUUAAUUAGGUUGACAUUAUAUAUAGACUUUGCGAUUUUUCGGAGGAAGACGUACAGCGUGCGGGGAAUAGGAAAUACCCCGGUGUUGUGUGAAGCGAGUUAUGUGUUGCUGGAAUACGUCAAGACUGCGAUGUUCAUGUGGAUGUUCAUUGAGGGCUUAUUUCUGCACAACAUAGUAACUGUGACGGUCUUCCAAGAGACGUCUUAUUACCGAAUGUACCGUUUCAUCGGAUGGGGAUACCCAGUGCUCAUAACUUUGGUUUGGGCCAUCGUUAUGGCGUUUUACUAUCAUCCGAAAUCGAAGUUUCUCAGAUGCUGGUCGGGGUACAAUUUGUCCUCCUAUUUUUGGAUCCUUGAGGGACCUAGAUUUGCGGUGAUAUUGCUCAAUUUCUUGUUCCUGCUGAACAUUAUAAGGGUGCUCGUAGUGAAGCUGCGACAAAGUCACACGAGUGAAAUUGAACAGGUUUUUAAGGCCGUGAGAGCAGCCGUGGUACUUUUACCUUUGUUAGGCAUCACCAAUGUACUCUUCAUGAUCGAAGUCCCCUUGGACAACGUGAAAAAAUUCGCCCUAUGGUCCUACUCCACGCACUUCCUACGGUCGUUUCAGGGUCUUUUCAUCGCGAUCCUUUACUGUUUCCUUAAUGGCGAGGUGAGGUUCGCUUUGGACAAAACUAUCACCGUUUAUCUCUCGCUGAGAGCCGCCGAUCUGCAGACUAGGAGACAAUCCACCCUCAGCGGCUAUCAGUCUCAUCGAAUAACUUCGGUGAUCGAGAUGGAGAAGGAGGAGACGAGAUCCAUGGGAUUGGUCAGGCUAUGCUGCCGCAGCGGGAAUACUCCGCCACCGGAUCAACGUAUAGAAAGGACAGAGAGAUGGGAAGAUUGAAUGCGCAUUUCCUCGAGAACGGCCGCCUGACCAUAUCAAUUACUCGAAUUCCUCGGAGUCGGAUCAACCUCGUGCUAAGAUAAUUCCUUGGAUUGUGGAGGUACCAAUGUCACGCUAAGAUUAUCGACUGGAAGAAACACAUUUUCACUCGCGAAUAGACACAGUCGACUGGAUUACGUCACAAUGCGACGGAAUUUCCAAAUAAGAACGGAGUUUUACGUCAUACGCCAUACAUUAAUUAAUUUUAAAAUUGACGCGUUUUGAGAAUAUAUAUAUAUGAGACAACCGUAUAAAAUGUCAAGAUUAUCAAAAAACAGGAGCACUCUCCAUCACCUCUUAGCGUGAGGAAAAAUGAGAUCUCAAGAUCUAAUACUUUUGUCAUCGCUCUGCAAAUCAGCAAUAACCGAAUGUUUUUCAAAUGUGAGUUGAAUUUUUCUUUUGUUUUGAAAUUUUCUUUCCUCUUUAACUAAAACGAUACGAUAUUAUCAAAAUAAUUUAAAGGCUCCUGCAAAGAGAUUAAUGCGAAGACUCACAUUACAUUAUUUUCUUUUCUUACAUGAUUAGAGUAUGAUAUUGGUGGGCCUGUUUGGUCGAUCUAAAGACUUAACGAUAUGUAAGAUUUACUCUGCAUCUUAUCGAGACAGUUAUUAAAUAAAUCAUAUCUCGAAUAUAUAUAAUCCGCUUGUUAAACAAUUACCGAUAUUGCACCAAGAUAUUGCAGCGCGAUAUAACGAAUUUUUCUGUAAGUUUCUGUAAGUAACCGUUUCUCGCAAAUUGGAUAUAAUCGCUUCCUUAAGUCAGAUCUCUUCAAUCGAAAGAGGUCUGAGAUCGUAUACGAUCGUAUAACUUUUGUCUUUUCGAAAAAAAUUGAUUGUCGAGGAUCGUAAAAUGAAAAUCCGGCUUGCUAAUCGCGAAAGAUUUUCUCUACGUCAAAGGAGACGAUUUGCAAUACACCUUGACCUUUGCCAACGAAAUUGCGCGCUCAUUGUCUGACGAAAGCCGACGCUUUAACACCAAGAAUUGACGGCGCGUGUAAAACGCUCGAGCGUAUGCAACGAAAGGCCAAACGGCCAAAUUCAAAGACUGCAAAGAUGUACAAUUAAGAAUCUUUGCCGAAAGAGGCUGAGCGUGCUUCUCGUAAUCCUUUUACUCGAUGUCAUUUUUUCACUUCUUCGAAAAUGCGAGGCUUGACAUGUGUCACGAGUACUCUGCGUGUCGCGAGAUAUACUCGCCGUUUGCUUUUGUUAAAUUGCUACGUCGUUAAAAAUGUAAAAUCGGGAACUCUCUUCAAUACGUCUCACAUAGAAUAUCUCAAUUAGUGUCUCUUUCACACUUUGUUCGUGAAAAUUUUACUCUCUGUAUGUUCUCGAAUUACCUCCAACUGCGAUUGGAUAGUAGAUUCGCCGAUCUACCUCUGUGAAGUCGUCGUGGACAUGAAAUUGUGCCGCAUUAAAAUGUCGCUUUUCCGCUGAGAAUCUCAUAUCUAGUCAUGUUAUAUUGUACUGUGUCUCAUAUCUAGCAGCUUUGUAUAUUGUAUCCGAACUCGUCGUGUCGGAGAGAUUAAAUAAGCAUUUGCGAUUCGUUUUUAAACAGA